GGUUAGCAACAGGUUGCUUGUUCACCAGCGCGAUCGUGUAAACAUGUGUAAAGUCAACAUGUUGAGGGAAUUGAUGAAGGAGCGACUAAACGUGGCCACCGAAGAGAUAUUUGAGCUAUUUGAGAAAACUAUUGCAGACUACGAGGAGAAACUUCGUCGAAGCAAAGAGGAGAACGAGCGACGGCAACGCGAACUAGUGAAUGCCCUCGUCGAGCUUCGUAGUCUACUGCACAAAAAAGAUAUGCAGCGGGAGCGUCAAGGAGAAGUUCCCUAUGAGCCGCGGGAAGACCCAGCAGCGCCCCUUCUCAUUAAAGAGGAAGAGGACGACAACUUUCCAGAGCAAGUGGAGCACAAUCAAAGUGAGGAGAACGGCAGCUCAGGUCAACAUGUGAAAAUGGAAACGGAAGGAGAACACUGUAAAGAUCUCCAAUCUGAACCAGACAGCCUCUUUGCCCCGCUCUCAGAUAUGGACGACAUAAUGUCAGACUCCUCUGAGACUUAUCACAGCGAUGAAGUGGAAGAACCUGUGGAAACUAAUAAGGACUGUGAAGGUGAUAUGACGCAUCGCGAUGACACAGUUCACAGCGGUGAUGACAAAGAACCUGUGGAGACUGAGAAGAACUGUGAAUUUAACUGCUCUCAAUGUGAGAAAAUGUUUCAAAGCAAAAUAAGUUUGAAAACUCAUAUGGUAACACACACGGGAGACAAACCUUUUACUUGGUCUAAUAAAAGGUACACCUUGAGGCAUUUUAGAAAAUGUACAGGGGAGAAAGAUCUGACAACAGAAGCUGGUGAAGGCUCACGAGAAGACAACACCAAAGAACAUUUGGAGACCACUAAGAACUCUGAAGGUGUUGUGACACGGGACAGUGACAACAAUGAAUUUAACUGCUCUCUCUGUGAGAAAAUGUUUUACAGCAAAAGAGGUUUGAAACAACACAUGUCAACGCACACGCCAAACAAACCUUUUCCUUGCCUAGUUUGUGAUAAAAGAUUCUCCUGGAAGCAUCACGUGAAGAGACACAUGGAAAUACAUACACGGGAGAAAGCUUUGACGACAGAAGCUGACGGAGGAUCCAAAGCUCCUCCACUGUCAGAUACGAACCACACCACAAAACCUUCACGGACCAGAAAGGACUCAGAUGCCGACAACCAUCGAUGCUCUCUUUGUCGGAAAAACUUUUUCUCCAGUUCAAAUUUGACUUCACACAUGGUGACACACAGGGGAGAGAAACCUUUCGCAUGUUCGAUUUGCGAUAGAAGAUUCUCCUUGAAGCAAAAUAUGCUGAGACACGAGAAAAUACACUCAACACAGAAACCUGUUCCCGAAUCAGCUGGGAGGAAAGGUUUCAGGAAUACGGCGCAACUGUUCUCACUCGCAAAAACAAACUGCAGAAAGAAGGCUUUGAAAUCCAGCAGCUCCAGUCAAAGCGUGACAACCAAAGCUGAUGGAGAACACGGUGACUCGGAACCGGACACAGACAACGUGACGCUGAACUCUUCUGACACGGAUCACAGCAAGGACAUUGACGAAUCUUUAAAGACUAAAAAGAAGUCUAAAAGUGAUAUGACGCAUCGCAAUGAUAAGAAAUACAUAAGCUGCUGUCAAUGUGAGAAAAAGUUUGCCACCAAGGACGGUUUAAGAAGACACAAGAAAAUACACACGGGACAGAAAUCUUUUGCUUGCGCUGUUUGCGAUAAAAGAUUCAAUGUGAAGGCAAAUAUGCUGAGACAUGAGAAACUACACAAGAGACCGAAAACAUUUACGUGCUCGCUUUGUCGGAGAAGCUUCAGGCAUAGAGGGCGACUGAUAGCUCACAUAAGAGCACAUGUCAAUGAGAAGGCUUCCAGUAGCUCAAGUCCACACGUGACAACAAAGGCUGACGGAGAACACGGCGAUGAACCAGACAUGGACAACAUGACCACGGACUCUUCUGACACGGAUCACAGCGCCGGGCCCGAAGACCCUCUGAAGACGAAAAAAAAGUCGAAAGACAUGCCGCAGGUGUUGGUGGCCAGUGAGGAAGCGUCCCCCCACAUUAACGGAGCGCGGCACAGCAGUCUGGAUGCGGACAAAUUUGGUACGAGGGGAAGAGUGGAGGAGGCGCCACAAUCCGAUAAGGACCACCACUCAGAUUUCGAAAAAGAAAGAUCCGUCGCUUCCACGUCUGGAUGCAAAAGAUUAUUCAAGGAAAGUAAGAAGCUAGACAUGAAAGCACGCCAACACACCGGCAACCAAAUGAAAGUCUUUUUGAACACAAAUAAGAACUCUGACGACAAACAGUGCACUGUAUGCAAGAAAACGUUUGUGACGAGGCCUGUUUUGAAGAGACACAUGACUCAACACACCGGAGAGAAACCUUUCGCGUGCUCGCGCUGCGACAAAAGAUUCAGUUUAAAGGAAUAUUUGAACAGGCACAUCCUGACGCACGCUGGCUAUAAAAAACCUUUUACAUGCUCGCUUUGUAAUGUUGGAUUCUUUUUAGAGAGCCAUUUAAAAACACACAUGGAGUCGCACCCUGACAAGAAACAUCUAACAUGUCCAGUUUGUGCUAAAACGUUUGCAAAAAGAUCGUACAUCCCAAAGCACAUGAGAUUACACACCGGGGAGAAACCGUUCCAGUGCAACGUGUGUCAUAAAAGAUUCCAUUUUAAGAACAGGAUUAUACAACACAAAUGUACUGGGAGUGGGGGAAAUAAAAAUGCAGUAAAUAAAGCUGCAGAACGGCUGUCAAACUGAUUUAACGAUUUUAUGUAUAUAUGUACUGGUGCAUCCCGAUAAAUUAGAAUAUGGUAGAAAAGUCCAUUUAUUUCAUUACUCCUAUAUAGAUUUAUUAAAAACUUCGGAAAAUACUUUGCAGAGGGAAAAUUCCUGCCUAGUUUCUACAUUAAAAAUCAUGUCGUUGUUUCUAUUUUUUUUAUUUUUUUGUUACAUAAUCAAGUUUUUAGAGAUGGUGAACUUGGGUUUUUGGUUUGCUUUAAGCUAUAAUCAUCAAAAUUAUGGAUAUUAAAGAAAUCUUGAAAUAUUUUACUGCGUGGUAUGCAUCAAAGUUUCACUUUUUUAAAUGAACUACCGUAAUUUCUCGUGUAUAAUGCACAUUUCCCCCCCCCCCAAAAAAACUGUCAAAAGUCUAUAGUGCGCAUUAUACAUCGGUAUAGGGGGAAAUUAAAAAAACUUGCACAUUUUAUAAAUGUAUGCUGCCAUCUAGAGGUUAUGAAAAAGCUGUACACUUUCAUUCCAAUGUCACCGCCACCUAGAGGUUACGAGAAAGGUGUACACUUUCAUUCUAACAGGCCACCAACUAGAGGUUAUGAAAAAGGUGUAGCCUACACUUUCAUUCCAAUAUGACAGGGGUACGUAUGACUGCAUAUACUGUAUGUACAGUUGUGCUCAUAAGUUUACAUACCCUGGCUGAAUGUGUGAACUACUGUUUUUUUUUUUUUUUAAAUAUGACUGACCAACAACCAUCAUUCGUUUCUUUAUGGUUAUGUUUUGUUUAAUGACAAUGCUUUUCUGAAAUGCUUGACAGUUUAAUUUGAAUCCCAAUUAAAAUAAGAGCAAGUAAAUAAAAAAAAGUAUUACAUGUUCAAAUAAAGUGCUUAACUUCAGAAUAAUUUGUUGAAAAAUACUUUGUUUUGAUCAUAAGGGUAGAAGCAAAAUCAUGCAUUGUAAAAAUGCACUAUACAUAGGGAGAAGGUUUUUCCAGAAUUUUUAGGUCAACUUUGGGGGUGCACAUUAUACACGAGAAAUGACGGUAUCUUACUGAAUUAAGCUUUUGACGCUAUUCUAAUUUAUUGAGAUGUACCUAUUCUAUCAGUGACGUGCUCUCACGCUUUAUAGCGAACCGGUGUCAAACUCGUGGCUUGGGGGCUAGAUCCGGGCUGCCACAUCAUUUUAUGUGGCCCGCAAAAGCAAAUCGUGUGCGUCAACUUCAUGCUUCUUGUGGAAAUACCAUCCCAUCCAUCCAUUUUGGACAUCGCGGGUGUGCUGGAGCCUAUCCCAGCUGUCAUCGGGCAGGAGGCGGGGCGGGGGUACACACCCUGAACUGGUUGCCAGCCAAUCGCAGGGCACAUUUAAACAAACAACCAUUCGCACUCACAUUCACACCUACGGGCAAUUUAGAGUCUUCAGCCUCUGAUGUCAAAACUAGUUAUCCAUGUUUUGUAUAUUUAAAUCCUGUAUUUGAGGCAAUAAUUCAUUUAUAUGGGUUCACAGUCAGUAUUAAGGAUCAUUUGAACUUAUAAUAACCUGAAGUUAUCCAGCUGUUAUCCCCGAGCCCGCCUUCUUUUGUCUGCUUCAAUUGUUAAUGAUCAGAGCAUGGCUCAAAAUGGUGGCGCAGAUGUUUCAGUUUUUUCAUCUUUUUAUUGUUGUUUCAUUUAUGGUAUUUCAUAAUGACAAAUUCAAUCAUAUGUUAGUCUUUUUAAACGCGUAUGUAUGAUUAGUGUGCUAAACCUCUGAACCAUCAUACUCCUCUUGUACAUUUAAUGUAACCCACGACCUGUGAACUGUGAGCCAGAUGCGCUAACCAGUUUGUUACCGUGCCAGGCGAGCAACAACGGCGCUCUCUUCCCUGAAGCACGGGCAAGUCACACUGAGACAAGUUAUAAAACUCACCUCAUUCAUUCCAAUAUAAAUGUUUAAAGUGACAGAUACUGUACAUGAUCGUUGCACCUGUUUUUAUGAACCUUUUAUUUACCAUAUGCUAUGUUGUAAUAUGUACAGUAAAUAUGUAACUAUCACAUUUGAC